GCAGCCAAUCUUGUGUGCCCGCCAGGCAGUGACGUCGCGUCCAGCAGAAGGCUACAGAUACGGAGGGUCGCAGCCGCUAAAACAAACAGUGGCGUGUCUCUGUGAAUCUAACACCGCGGCGGACACACGGGAUCUCUCUCUGUCGCUCGGUAAUUGUUUAACUCAAAGAUGAAUUUUGAGCAGCCCCCUCCAUACCCGGGCAGCGGCCCCUCUGCUCCAGGCUACCCAGGCCAGGGCCCCCCACUUCAACAAGGCUACCCACCUCAGGGUUAUCCACAACAGGGAUACCCUGUAAACAUGGAGCAGCCUAAUCCAGCAUACCCAAACUACCAGCCUGGACCAAUGCCCGCCGGAGGUCCUUAUCCUGGCCAAGGGUACGCUGGACAACCACAGUUUGGCUGGCAGGGGGGUCCCCCUCCUGGUCCUAUGUAUGGUGAAGCUCCCAAAAACACAGUGUAUGUGGUGGAGGACAGGAGAAGAGACGACUCAGGGGACACGUGCCUGACAGCCUGCUGGACAGCUCUGUGUUGCUGCUGUCUCUGGGACAUGCUGACAUAACGCUACUCACCAACUGCUCACUCCCACCACCCACCAGUCCCAUGUCUGUGCCUUUUACCCCCCGUCACCCUCUCUCUCUCCCCUCUGCCUUACACCUCGCUCUCCCUUAAAAAAUGACCCAGUGGCUGAUUUGCCGGGUUCCUCUAUGACCUUGCUGAACCUGUUUUCCUAGCUAAUAGCUGUUGUGCAGUUGAAAUUUGCAUUUUGCAAUGAUACAACUGGACAUAAGCUAUUAUUUUAGCAAUAUGUGUGCGCUGGCAAGUGCAUGCUUAACUGUUUACACCGGCAUUCACAUACCCAGUGUAAGUGAGUGUUCAUGUGAAGUGUGUUUUCAGGCAUGUUAGUACGGACGGGGAUUCCAACUGAUUUGGAGCCAAACUUCUUGUGUGGACCGAGAUUGUUUGAGUUUGAAAAUACAAAUUCAAAUGAAAGCAUAGUAGUAUGAAUGUAACCUUAACCAUCACAACUCCUGGUCCAUCACAACUCCUGUACUUAGCCUAAACAUAAUUCUAACUCUAACCCCAAAAGUGUGAACAUUGACAACCAGACAAAAUGACCCCUUUCUGUAAAGUCAAUGCUUAAAAUGGUCCUCACAAAGAUGUACAAGUCCAAGUCCACACACAACACAAACCCAGUACACUUGUACCUCAGGCUCAUCUAGUGUGAUGCUCUUUGGCACUUUAUGAUUUUUACCUUUGUAAGAUACUACUCCUGCCUCCCCCUCUCUACCUCCCUCUAUAUCCCCCUCCCCUCCUCCAGCUCUGCUACUUGCCCUGCACCCACCCCUCAUGCCCCAAAGGCCACUAAGACCCUGGCUGUUAAUGAGCCACAGGGUGCUGUUAAAGAAGCUCAUGCUUGAAACGUAUCCCUUUAAUUUGCACACAAGCUCUUAAUUUUUUUGCUGAUGUACGUCUUCAGAUGGAAUCAUACAAUAGGUACAUGGAAUACAUUUUUAAUGACGACAGUGGUUUAUGUUUGAUUAUGGUUCAAGUCCAGUGCUCACAAUGUUUGUUUUUCAUGAUGAUAUUGAAAUGAUUGCAAUAUUAUUUUUAUGACAUACCUUGGCGAUAAAACAGAAAACAUGAAAAAAAUGAAGUUGUGAUUCCUCAACAGAAGAAACCAACUGACUUGUUCGAUGCCUUUUUUGCUUUUAAAUGAGAAUCUUGCAUUAAAACUUUCUCCCAUGAAA